AUGACGAAACAAAAACCCAAGAAACAAUACGACAGGAGUACGCUCAAUGCCGCUGGCGCACCCAAGAGAAAUGCGGCCCGGAAAAAGGCGACGGCCCCGAAAAGACCGCAUGCCAACACGGAGGCUGACAGCGAUCAGUCCUACGGACGUGGCUCGGCCAAACGGCAAAAGAGGAAGUCCAAAGAUAGCGGCGACAGCGAUGAGGAUGGGAAGGCCGACUCUCCGGACGUGUACGAUCUUACAGCCGGGCCCCCAUCUGACAGCAGUUCCGACGAGAAUGAGAAGUCCGCCCCUGCAAAGAAGAAGCAGAAGAAAGCCCAGGCUAGAAAGACAUUGCGAACGCCUUCAGCCGACAAGUACUGGCAAAAUUUGAGAGACACUUCUGAAGGCGGAGAUCAUCAAGAGGUGCUUCAGGCAUACUUGAACGACAACUACCCCCCAGUCACCCUCGACAUGCUCAACGAGCAUCUGCCAAAGAAACUUUCGGAAUCCGACUACGACGAAGACUGGACGAGGGAUGAGGAGAAAGACCUGCGGGGCGAAUGGAAAAACGACCCUCAGAGAUCUGCUCUUCUCGCGCCCACCUCCUUUCCCUCUCACGCCCUUCAGCUAUGGAAGGCGACCACGCGGUUUUGGCAUCGCACGCCGCGUCAAAUCAUUUCGAGAGAGAACGACCUGGUCUACGACUCACACGAGAACUAUUCGGUCGCCAUUCGCAACGACGACGGCGUGGAGCAGAAGAUGAAGAUUGACGAGUGGAGCGUUCACUUCUGCAAGGUCAUGGCCAACCUGGUCUUCCACCCACUCUGGGAAGAGAAUUUCCAUCUGUUUGUCUUUGCGUUACAGUACGCGGUCAUUGUGCGCAAGGGAGAACAUCAGGACUGGCCGCUAUGGAACCCUACGGGUGAUGAGUUUUUGGCUGCCUUUAUCAAGGUGAUUGGGGAACACAAGGGACUGGGAAAGCCGAUUCCAGAGUUGCACCAGUUGGCAAGAAGCCGAUUGACCAGGCACCAACUGUUCAAGUCCACCUAUUCCCAGUUUCUAUUGGCGCUUGAACGAGAGGGUGCCAAGGAAAAGACCAACGUCAGGGCCAGGAGCAAGAUCAAGGGAAUGCAAGAUCGGACGAGGGGCCAAGUGUUCCGACCCUACGCGGUCGGCGCGCCAGAAUUGAACUUUAUCACCAGGGCCCUCAACAACACCACCACCGCCAUGGGUCAUCCCGCUUUCGGGGCAUUCACAGCCGAGGCCUUUGGCCGCAAUGCAAUCAAGGUCAAGGGCAAGUUCGCCGACAAACCCGACCAGGAUGGAUUCCUCGAGUUCUACGAACGUGAACUUCUCGACGAGCGACGACGAAAUGCUCGCGAAAACAAUGAGAGACUACGUCGCGGUAUCCCCGACAGUGAGCCCUACUCGCGAUAUUGCGGGGUAGAGAAUGACGCCAAGAUGAAGGAUGCAUCAGGCGACGAAUCUGACGAACCGCCAGCGGACCGCAGAGACAAGCCCGGAAGGUCAACGGUACCUCGCCUUGCACGUGGCGAAUCAGGAAGAACAAGUGGCUCAGACAUGCCGCUGAGACUAACAGAGUCUGAAGAAAGUAGUCAAGACAUUGACCCGGGUGACAAAGAUGGCACUUAUGUCCCAGAUAACGGAUCAGACGUGUCUGGACCGGCCAACGAGCCGCUGACAGAACAGACAAGAGCGGACAAGCGGGAAUGGCCCAGCACGAUACGCGACUCGGUCGGGGAGGACGACUCUCAGGACGGGGUCGGCUCUCGGGACGGGGGCGGGUCUCAGCACGGGGACGGCUCUCAGCACGGGGACGGCUCUCAGCACGGGGACGGCUCUCAGCACGGGGACGGCUCUCAGCACGGAGACGACACUGAAGACAUGGAGACUUCUGUAGAGCACAACGCAGCCAAUACACCAUUACAGAACAAGAUCCUCGAGGAAAUACUCCGCGCCCAACGGGUGCCUCCCAGCGAUGUUGGGAGAUAUCACAACCUACACAGCAGGAUGGGGGCUUUCCAGCCAGUGCUUGGCUUCACCGUACCCGCCAACAACAUGUAA